ACCGAACACCUGCAAUAUACAAACAACGACAAUAUGGGUAAACGAAGUCGCAAAAGCAUCGAGGAGAAGGAGACAAUCAGCGACAAGGUCCAUGAUGUCAGCAAAAAUCCAAUUGUGGUAGAUAAGAAGGCCAUCGACCCCUCUUUGGACCUAUUAUUUGCAUCUAGUGUAAGGAAAUAUGCGCGAGUCCUUCGAGACGAUGAUGCUAAUGCUCUCAAUCGUGCAGGCCGGACCUGUGAAAGCGCCCCCUAAGGCGCGAUACCAAGAACCUCCCCCUCCACGGAAGCAGGCAGCGCCCGCGAGCGAUGAUGAAUCCGAGGAGGAACCCAGCGGUGAUGAAGAAGACUUGAGUAGCGUUGAUGGAGAUUUGGAGGAUGUCGAGCUUUCAGGAGAAGAGGAAGAGUCGGAUGAGAGCGACCUGGAGAGAGUCAUAGAAGCCGCAACUCAAAAGCCAGCAAAGAAGCGGAAGAGAGCUCGAGAAGAGGAAGACUUGGAGGGGAAAUAUAUGCUGAAAUUGGCUAGAGAAGAGGAGAAGGAGGAAGAGGAGCGGCAGGCUGAGAGAAGAUUAAAGCGCCAAAGGUUAGCAGGGAAGGAGGAUACGGAAGCGUCAGACGCCGAAGACGACGAAGAAAUGGAAGAUACCUCUGAUAACGGAAGCGAAAACGAAGAUGUAUCUGAAGCGGAAGAUGAUGGCGAGGGCUCAGAUGAAGAAGUGACGACACCAGGGCGAUUACCAUCUUCGGACGUCCCCAUGCACGAAUCACUGGCGCCAAAUAAGGAGGCAGUCGAGCUCGAAAAGGCUUCACGAACUGUUUUCCUGGCCAAUGUCUCAACAGAUGCAAUCUCCUCCAAAUCCGCAAAGAAAACGCUGCUUACACAUAUGGGCUCAUUCCUCCAGUCCCUACCAGAUCCACCAGAAGGCAAACCUGCUCAUAAGGUCGAGUCACUCCGUUUCCGUUCUACUGCAUAUGCCGGAGGUGCCUUGCCGAAAAAAGCAGCAUUUGUCAAAAAGGACCUCAUGGUAGCUACAACAAAAAGCACAAAUGCCUAUGUCGUGUACUCGACAGCUUACGCUGCAAGAGAAGCCGUCAAGCGACUCAAUGGAAGCAUGGUGUUUCAUAGACAUCUUCGUGUUGAUGGAGUAGCUCAUCCUGCAAAGACAGACCAUCGCCGAUGUGUCUUCGUUGGCAACCUCGGUUUUGUGGACGAUGAAAGUCUUGUCGAUCAGGGUGGUGAAAACGAAAGAAAACGAUCAAAAAUUCCAUCUGAUGUAGAGGAAGGGUUGUGGCGUCAAUUCGGUAAAGCUGGAACUGUAGAAAGUGUACGGGUUGUGCGGGAUGAGAAGACUCGCGUUGGAAAAGGAUUCGCUUAUGUUCAAUUCGUGGUAAGAUUUUGUUAUCCAUUCAUCAUAUUGUACGAAAGUUAACUGUGACCGUCAGGACGCCAAUUCAGUGGAGGCCGCCCUUCUUUUCCACGAGAAAAAGUAUCCACCAAUGCUCCCUCGAGUUUUACGAGUCGUUCGCGCCAAAGCUGUCCGUAAAACUGCUAUGGCCUCACGCGCCAAAAUUGCGGCUCCCCAAUCCAAGAGUCAAAUUUACAACCCCAAGAUGCCAACCGAGGAAUCUACUCUCAAGGGGCGUGCCGGGAAACUGUUGGGUAGAGCAGGGGCUGCCCAAUUUAAGAAAGGAAAAGUCACGGGUGCCAAUGAUAUUGUCAUGGGCAAGCGAGGUGAUGGUGUCAAAUCAAUCGCAGGCAUCGCAAAGACUCCGGAAAGCAUUGUAUUCGAGGGCUACAGAGCCAGUGCAAAAAAUGGCAAGCCUAAGGACUUGAAGGUGGGAGGUAAGGGCGCUAAAGGGGGUAAGAAAGGAAAGCCAACGAAUCGGGGAGCAAAAAGGGCUACUGCGUGGAGGAAAGGAGGUGGCAAGAAAGCUGCUGCAUGAAAGUAGUCUUU